AUGGAGCCAGAAGUCCUAGAAAUAUGUCCUUAUGACCCAAACCACAGGAUGCCAGCCAGCAGGUUACAGUACCACCUGGCAUCAUGUAGAAAGAAAAAUCUGAAGAUAGCUAAAAAGAUGGCUAAUUGCAAAUAUAAUGCUUGCCAUGUGGUCCCAGUCAAAAGGCUCAAGGAACAUGAGGCUAACUGUGUCAAUAGAACUGCUGUAGAUGAUGAGCCAUUUAAUCUUCCAAAGGUUAUUUCUCCGAGUUUGGAGCCAAAUGAAAAACUUUCUAAUACUGCCAAUCAGAUUCUAGACCCUGACGUCUGGAACAUAGAUAACACAUAUCAUUCUCCUUUAUUUGUUCUUAAGACAUUUGCUCCAAAAAUGCUGGUUUGUGAAAGUGACUCAAGAGACAUAAAAAAAGAGACUAUGGAUGAAAAAUAUCCUAACAACUAUAAGUCCUGGAGAAAAGGUAGACCUUGGGACUGUGGGUUCCCGGCGCUGCUGUUGUGA